UUGAAUUUUGGAGAAAAAAGGUUUACAUUUAUUCUACAAUUACCAUAAAAAUAGUGUGUUUCCAUAAAAGUUCGAGCGAGUGGAUGAGGGCGACACUAAGCAUCUAUAAGAGAUGUUAACUAGUGUAAAUGUAUCUCUUGUAUACUAUUUGUCACCCUUGAUUUUUUCUGACAAACGUCAUCGUCCCAAAAUAUUGAACUACGUAAGAGGAAGAUAAUAAAAUUGAGUGAAACGUUAUUAAUCUGCAGAGUUUUUUUAACUGCUAAGGAGUAAGGCUAAUUGUUGAGGAAUAAGAAUAAAAUUAUUAAAUACAAUGGAUAAAACUAAGAUCGAUACUAAUUUCGAAUUACCACCUCUUCGGAGUUUAGAUGAUUUUUUGUUAGAAUCCGCUCGUUUUCAAAUACCAAAUUUUAAAGAUUUUGAUAAAUGGGGCAACAGAGUCGUCAAUAAUAUGCUUUAUUAUCAGACAAAUUACUUGUUCAUGGCUGUGAUUAUUUUUCUCAUCGUAGGAUUAAUUCAUCCUGUCAAAAUGUUCGUUGGAAUGAUAGCAAUGAUAAUAAUUUUAGGAGGUUUUGCUUAUGUAUCAACGGAAGGAAGAUUGAUACAUCAAUUUAAGCAACAAUAUCCAGGUGUAGGUAUAAUUGGCAUAAUAUUGGCAGCAUGUUUUGCUACGUACACCUUAGGAUCUCUCUUAGUUUUUCUACUUGGCAUUCUGUUACCAUUUUCAGUUAUAUUUGUACAUGCUUCUUUGAGAUUAAGGAAUAUAAAAAACAAACUUGCUAAUAAAAUUGAAGGUAUUGGCUUGGCACGAACACCGAUGGGUAUAUUUUUGGAACAUCUUGGUAUGCAAGAUGAAAUUUUUGCAUAAUUUCAGCAUAUUUUUAUAGCAAAACAUUUCUUUUUAAACGAUAAUAAGUUAAUACGAUUUAAUAUAAUAACAGUUUUGCGCAAUAGUAUUAAUAUAUAUUGAUAUUAGCUUAUGCUGUGAUGAAUCUUAUCGCUUCAAAUGGAUUUAUCUUUUUGUAAUAUCUAUGGCUAUAGUUAUAUACAGAGACAUUAGAUAUAUUUCUUAUGUACUUAUUUUAUUAUUCAUUUUGUCUAUAUUUAUAGACUAAACAUACAAAAGAUUUAUUCAAAUUCUUGAUAUUUUACAUAUAGGAUGGAUAUACGAUUAAGAUACGUAUAAUUUAUUUAUUGUAAUCUAUAUAUUACAUGAAUUACGUCACAUGAUAUGAAUUCAUUUUAUUUAAUGUUUUAACAAUAUAUGUAUAUAUACAUAUAUUGUUAAAUAUAUGUGUUAUAAUAUAUAUACACAUGCAUACGAAUGUAAGAUAUUCUUACACGUUAUAAACCAAAGACAGAGAAAAAUGCAAAUUAUAUAUUUAAUCGGUAAAUAGGAAAAUAUACAAUCCAAUACCGAGACA